CUCCAUUUACUUUUUGUAUAGCCCAACAUAUUUAUUAUAAUUAUUCCAAAAGUGAUAUUAUCUUACCUACAUUUGAGCUUUUCUGUGGCCGAAUUUACACAUGAGGCACAGGCCCGGCUGGUUUUAGUGGGCUUAAUGACGAAUUUACACAUGGGCUUAAUGAAAUCAAAGUUGGCCCAGAGACGGAUGAACAGAUUGGAAAACAAAUAAUAGUGGAGAUGCGGGGUAUCGAUCCCCGUACCUCUCGCAUGCUAAGCGAGCGCUCUACCAUCUGAGCUACAUCCCCUUUGAUGCUUAUUAAAUGAAAUUUUUUUAUAUAUCAAAAUAUUUAUGGCACCAUAUAUAAAUGCAGAUCCGCAACGCAGGAUUUGGAUUCUCCCUCCUUUCUCAAGUCUCAACUCCACUCCAGUUUGCCCCUGAACAUCUGCAGAUCCGACUGUACAGGAUUAGAACCCGUAGCAUGGUCACGUGCUUCCCUUCCUCGCCCAAGAAACUGGGGAUGACGGCGGCCUUGUUUGCCGCAGCAGCCGCCAUCAUGGGUUACGCGGCGCAUCUCUCCUACGCCAAUGUCGCCCCUCAACAAGCUCGUACUAGAGCUCGGGAUGAGUUCGUUAAGGAACGAAUGAGACAGAGGCAUGGCUAUGGCAAGUGACAGAUGUUUAGCGCAAACAUGUCUUUUUUCUUCUUCUGCACCAGUGAUUCUUUCUCCGUUCUUUUUGCAAGCAGUGUACUGUAUACCAUCUCUAGCUACUUCUGCUUUCUCAGCUGUGAAUGCCACAAAUAUGUUGAACUACAAACUGUGUGUUCCAUCAGUGAACCAUAUAUUAUUUUGGACUCUGGAUCUUUCAUUUUGGAGUUGUGAUGAAGUUUGGAUGAACUGUGUCUAAGCAUGUCAUGUUUACACAUCAUUGGGUAUUCGCGACUAAUCCACCAGUAAAUGGUAAGGCAUGAC